UACCCCUCCUGGGUCCUCCUCGACAGCAGAGCCUACUUCGCCGACCGCGUCAACGCCACCACCGUGAAGGCCACGGCGAGCACGGGCCACGAAUUCAAGGUCACCUUUUGUCUCGCCGACCCGCCCGCCGUCUCCUACUUCUGCGUCCACUGCCCCGAAGGUUGUUACACCACGGAGCCCCGCGUCGUCUCCUCCGCCAGUGACCUCGUGCUCCUCUGCUUCGCCUUCAGCUCCGGCCCACGGAGCACAGAAAAAGACUCCCAUCUCGAGUACUUCGUCUACAAGGCUGCCUCCGACGGCAAGCCCACCAUCAGAUCUGUUCCGUGUUCCCCUCGAGCCUACGUGCACUCAUGGCACGCCGCCAUCGUGCCCGGCAAGGGCGACAAUUUCUUGGUCGCUGAUCUUUCCCUGAAUGGGGACCCUGGGCACUACAACCUGCACAUCUUCUUGUCGGAGACAAACGAGUGGAGCACCAAACAUGUGCAGCUGCAGACCGACCCGAAUGUCCUGCCACUGGAGCUGCCAAUCCUAACUGACAAGGUGAUCUUGCUCGGAAGAAGCACAGUAGGAUGGGUCGACCUCUGGCGUGGCAUUGUCGUCUGCAAUUUGCUUGAAAAGGAGCCUGUUCCCCAUUUCAUCCCGCUGCCCAAGGCCGAAUUCGACCUGCACCGGAAAAGCAAAGCACGGCAAGUGCGGGACGUCAUUGGCUUCACCGAUGGUUACAUCAACUUCAUCGAGAUCGAACACUGUCUCAGGUGGUUCCCCGUUGUCAGAAAGAGCAAUUUGAAGACAGCCAUGAUUUUUGAUGUUGCAGAUACCAUCGAUGAUGCAGAGCUCCUCAGUCUUGAUGAUAUGGACGGCGUUAGAGAUGACAAACCUGUGCAGCAUGUACCUGCUGGCUGGAAGAUCCGGACAAUGUUUAGGAGCAUUGAUUGGAACUAUUGGGAAAGUAGUCACAUUCUUCAUGUUGACGAAAUAUCAGCCUCCCCACCUGAACCCUCUGUGCUGCAAUCUCAUCUAUGGAAUGAUACAGACAAGAAAUGGACAUUGGGAAAACUGAAGUGUACAAGCUUCCCGACCUUUGGUUUUUACGGCGGUGAUGUUGUCUAUCUCGUGUCUAAGGCGGAGUCUCAGGAUAAUGAUGCAUUGCUUGUUGGUGUUGAUAUUCGAAAAAUGAAGCUGGAAUCCAUCAAAGCAUAUGGCUGCGGGAGAUCCAUUUCUUUUGGUCCCAUUCCGGUUGUUCGUUUUAAAAUUGGAAGGAAGCAGGAAGUCAUCGAACCAUCUUGUGGCGGGAGAUCCGCUUCUUUUGAUGCCAUUUCAUGUGCAUUCUCAAAAUAUCUAAAUACCGCUCCAAGUCCAAGGCCGUGUAAUGGGAAGCUGCAGCAGAGUCUGCUCAGAAUGGUGUGCUGAAUGAUCAUCUUUCAUCGAGGGAUACUGUUCCGAACAGUGUGCAACCCCAGCAAAACAUGUGGAAUGAGGGUGGCUGCAAUGGGGGUUGGAGUGAAUAUGGUUAUAGCGUGCAGCAGCCAUCCAGUUUGACACAAUCUGGGCAGCCAAUGUUGUCUUCAACUCGAUUAGUGUCGGUCCCACCACUGGGAUAGAAGCUGUUCUGUGCAGAGAAGCUUCUGUUCGCGAUUAACUCACCUAGCUCUGUGCCAUCAAGUGAAAUGUGUAAGCCGACGACGGCGUCGCUCCUUUGAUGCCUCUAAUGCCAGUGCAGACUCCCUUGGCUCAACCAUGGCCAACAUCAGCACAUGAAGCCAGUUGCAUCUCCUGCACAUCGCGACUAGGUGGAAUGUCAACAAAGUGCAUGCUCUUGCAUCCCGAUGCUGUGAAGGCAUAUGUCCACAUACCGGCUACCACCGUAUGUUAUCAUAUCAUGGAUGAUGCUUUAAAACAUUUGAAUACUUUAAUUUGUCUAUGGAGUUAUGGACCUUAAGCCUUUGCUGA